AUGGAGCAUACUUUUGAUACAUUAUGCGAUGCAAUUUCGUUUGCCUUUCGCCAAGAGCAAACUUCAUUGCUAAGUCUAGACAAGAUAUGUGAAGUACUAUCAAAACCAGAUUUAUUUGUCAAUUCAAAAACCCAAGGAAUUAUACCAACCUCAACAAUUGCUCGGAGACGUAUUUCUAGUACCUUAUCAAGUUCAGAUUUAUUUGUACGUGCAGGUCCACCCAGAACUUGCCUCUGGGCUAUUCGUCCUAACAAUCCAACCUUCAUUAGUGACGGUGCGAUAGCAGCAUCAAUAGAGCAGAUGCUUACAACGAAUGGUCCCAUGACAACCGAACAGUUUGUCGAACGACCGAUUUAA